AGGCGGCUAGGGUUGAAGUGGCGUUCCCCAGGUAAAAAGCGUCCAAUAUUUCAAACAGAAUUGAGCGCCACAAGCAUCUUUGUCAGUUUAGAGACGGAAUGAAAUUCGCUGUGAAGGCAUGGAGCAACGGCAAGGCGCGCACUGGAUUUCUGCAGCUCGGAAACUGCCCUGCCGCCAUUGACACUCCGGCGUUGCUUCUCUCUACUAGCAAAGGACUUCCUAAUUUCAUCUCUCCUGAUCUUCUUCCCUCUCUCCCUUCCCCUGAUUCUCACAUCCUCCAAUUCAGUCCUCUUCACUUCUUGGAAGGCCCUUCAUCGAAAACAAUAUCAAGUAUUGGAGGGCUCCAGCAUUUACUUGGUUUGCAUGAAUAUGGAUUUGCUGCUGUAGCGAGAGAUUCUGUUCAGUGCCUUCCACAAUGUGAUGCUACAAAUAAAUUUGGAGCAUCUUUUGAGACAACUUGUGGUCGUCGUUUGAUUAGACCCGUUGAGUACAUUGAAAUGAUUUCAUCCAUGAAACCAGACAUUUGGGCAUCCUUGGCUGAUGAAGUGCCAUCAUGGGUUUCAGAUAAAAGGAAUAAAACAUCAGUGGAUCGAACAGUUAAAUGGCUGGAUGAAUGCAUCACAUUGAACUCAACAGGUGGGGCUGUUUUUGGAGCUAUUGUUGGAGGCAAUGAUCUUGAAGAACGCCAAAGAUGUGCUGUGGAGGUUGUUAAGCGUAAUGUAUCAGGUUACUGGAUUGGAGGUUUUGGGUUUGGAGAAAGCAUGGAUGAGCGUCCUUCCCUUCUUGAUGCUGUUACGGAUGUUUUACCAGAGGAAAUGCCGCGUAUGAUCUGUGGGCUCGGACUUCCAGAUAUCUUCAAAGCUCUUUGGAAGACCAGCGAUCCAAGGAGAGUCAACAUAUUAAUUUGGAUUAUGGCAUUUGGUCUCCUAAACUACUCAAUAAUGCAAGGAAAAAUCCCCAAUGAGUGCUUGCUGCCUUCGGUGUGCCCUCUAUGCUUAAAAUACGGUGAGGAUUUACUACAUUUAUUUGUUUUAUGCCCCUAUUACUUCAAUUGCUGGAGAAGCAUUUUCUUUAUUUUAAUGUGGUUUGGGCUUUCGAUGGCUCCGUUGGCAUAAAUAUGGUUUGAGCGCAAUCAACGCAUUUUUAACGACAAGGAGAGGGGAUGGGUGGACACUUUGAACACGACAAAGAGGAAUGCAGCAGCCUAGUGCUCUUUGAAUGUAAAAUUCAAGGAUUUUUCUAUUCAGGAUAUAUGUCUAAACUGGACAGCUUUCAUCCAUCAACCACUUUAAUGGAGGCUAAUCUUAUGCAAUCCACCGAAGACUCAAGACUAGGAUUAUACAUGUUUGGGGGCCUUUGGGAGUUUUAUCUCCCCUGUACUUUUCUUUUGGUAGUUGGGAGCUUUUUUUUGAUGCUGUGUUAUUUUCCCCUGGAUUCUUUCUUUAACCUCUGUUUUGUUUUCUUUGUUUUCCUCUGGCUGUUUGUCUAGUUUAUUUGGUACCUAUAUGUUAUCUUGUUGUUUCUAUGGGAUAUGAUGAUGGUGCUAAGGGGAUGUCAACUUAGUUGACAUGUUUGGGUGCGCCUUCUGAUCCUCUAUUUUUAUGCUUCUCUAUUAUUCUCAUUGUAUAAUUCUCUUGUACUUGAGUUUUAUUAAUAAAGAGAAGCUUAUCUUCGUUUAAAAAAAAAGUGUUUUAGAAUGAUUUUGAACAUGACAAAAGUAAUUUAAUCAAGAUCACUCUUAAACAUAUACUGCAUCAUGGUUCGACUUUUACGUUGGAUUUCUGCGGCAGGCCCGUGAAAGCUUAAAAUAUAUAAUUUAAAUAUUUUAAUGACAGUAAAGUGAUGUUGGUUUAUGGUUUUAGUAGCCUAAAUAUUUGUAGCUGACUUAAGAAGUUUAGGUUUUAAUCAUUUUUGUCAGCCUUAACCGGUCAAAUAGUUUUGGUGUGUCCUCAUCCUAUGAUGAAUUCGAAGGUUUCUAUUUUACGUUUGGUUCUUAUUUCCAUUAAACUUUCCU